CCUUGCUCAUAUUGUCUGGACAUAUCCGCAUUUUAAAAACUCCAUCGCAGUACAGAAUCACAUUGCAUAUAUUGAUUCUGUUGUGAGUACAGACUCAGAACAACACAUUUAAAUCAGUAGCUUCUGAUAUCCCACUAACAAAAUGAUGAAAUAAUACCCUGCAUUUACUGUAAUCUCUUUUAUAUCAAAACAUUCACAACCUAAAGAAAGAUAUUUUGUUGUUUAAUAAAUUGUUCGUCAUAAUUAUCAUCUGUCGGCUACAACUUGUAUUUACAGCGGGUAAGAUGUGGGACACAUUACAUUUCCCAUUCUAUGAGCGCAAGCACCACUAUCCUCUGUCGCUGUCUUGGCAUUAUUUUCCAGGGGAUGCCUAUGGUUUAUCUUCCCAUGGCUCGGUUUCAGAUAAUGAAUUGGCUGGUGGGCAACUUUGGUGUUUUAAACAUUGCCCUGAAAGCUACAUCCGUUUUCUUGCUGUUUUGGUCAAAUGAAGGAAAUUGCCUUAGAGAUCCCCGUUAGUCAUUUUCUACAUUCAAUUGACACUGAAGGCCAUUUGAAGUAUCCAAGUGUAACAGCUAACAGGGUAAUUGCAAGAGUACAGUGAGAGUCUAGGUUUCGCACUCGCAAAGGAGGAUUGUUUCGAUUACUAUUAUGAAGAUUCUCCUCUUGAGUUAGACGGACAAUUUAGAAAUACAGCUUUUCUGUUAUUAUUGAGCUCUUUUCAGGAAAGCCUACCAAGGCCCCAACGUUCUUCUCCGAGCACCUUCAACAGUCUUCGACGGUUUGUGGCCACCUAUGAUGUUGGCUAUGUAUUCAUUUUUCCUGUCCCCACUUUGUCGCUCUCGGUUUUUAUUUUUAACAGAAGGAGUUGAGUAUCUGUGAUUUCAUCCGGUAGCAAAGUCGGCAAAACUUAUUUCAUGAUCUGCAACUGCUAACCACCCUGGACGUAGUCCAGAACUAUGACGAAACUUUGUAGGACCCCGUCCGGCACCCAAACACUGUUGAUGUAUGUGCCUUAGAAGGAUUGAAGAAAGUAUCUGCAAGAUACUGAUAAUCUCUUUCAGAUGAUUUGAAUCAAAUAAAUGUUAAAACAAUGGACAGACUGUUCUUUACGACUUCACAUAUUUCACAAAAUAUGUUCUCUGAAAACAAUCGCCAAAUAUACUAUCUUCAAAAUAUGUAAAGAGUUUCGGCAAACUACAGCAUUAUUGAAUACAAGUUGAGCAACCGCCAUGAACGCCUUUUGUGUAAUCACCCGACAUGUGAGAAAUAACAGCCAAAUUUCCUUUAGAUUUUAAGACCCUGCCAGUUUAAAGAAAAUUACAACAAAUACUAUAUUGGAUAAAACAUAAUGAUACACGAUGCGUGAAAAAUACAAGACGGCAAUGGCUGGAACUAUCUUGAUCAUGUUUACACGAAUCGAUCCGACCUAGGGCUAAACAGCGAUUGUGUGUUGUUUAAAAAGACAACUAUAAAGAGCAAUAUACACAUUUAUGCAGGUUAUGUUCAGUGUUAUAAUAAUAGAUAUCAGGACUGUUAAAUGUAGAAGGUUAGCUUUUGCAAACUUGGGUGAAACAUGCUUAACUGAACAGUCAGGUCAACGACAGAAACGUUUCUGCAGACGUCCAAUCUGCUAGAAAUAACAGCAAAUCUCAUUCAAACUUUACCCUCAUCGCCUUAACAAUUGAUACGCAAUAGCUCGUUCAGUGCUGAAGACGAAGUAUAGAAUGAAAACAAUGAAACACUUGUGACCAAAUAAAAUGGACAAAUGGAACCGACUUUCUUUUGUUUAGUUUUUUUUCUUCUUUGUUUUCUGCAAUCCUUUGAAUUGAUUUAAACAUAAAUUUACCUUUCCCUAUUUUGAUUUUAAAAUUCUAUGUUAUCAAAAAAAUUUUUAUGAUGCUUAAAGUAAUUUCUAAUUUAUCUUUUGUUUUUUCAUACAGAAAUGUUUUAUAAAAUAAUUUAGACUAAAACAUCAUUAUUUUCACUGAUUUCGAUUUAAAAACAGAAAUUACUAGGCGAACAAGAUCAAGUGCUUACAAAUGUUGUAAAAUGUAAAUGAAAUCAUGAAAACACAAAAGGACACCACAAAUUCUUUGGUAGCUAUUAUGGAGGAAGUACACAUAUUCUUAAAAAGCAAACAUAUCCAAGUACCAAUGGAAUGGUUAGAUGCUUGUAUUGAUUGGCUUAAGGAAGAACAUCAGGGUUCUACAUUAAGUGUUGACCAACUUAAAAGUUUGGUGUAUGAACAGUGGUUAGCUGCUGACCUAACUGAGCUUGGAUCUCAAUGUUUACCACAACAAACUGCUACUUCCAAUAAGUUUUUUCUCUCUGGAUUUUAUUGUUUACAGGUAAAUAAUAUUAUAGAUAUUAGUACAUCCUAUUACACUCAGCACUCAAAGUUAAAAGGAGCAGACUUCUCAAACAGUCUAAUAUCAGCUGAAGAUCCAAAACAAUAUACGCCACAACCAGUCCAUUGUCGAAUGUUGAAAAUGGAGAUGACUGAUGGUACUACUGUAGUUCAUGGUAUUGAAUACAAAAGCAUUCCGUCUCUCAAUGUUAAUAUAAAUCCUGGUUUUAAGGUAUUAAUUAAAGGUGAAAUUUUGUGUCGAAAUGGUGUUUUGAUGUUGAGCAAUGAAAACAUAAGUGUACUUGGUGGAGAAGUAGAUUCUUUAAUAGAAUCUAAUGCUCAACUUCUUUUAAUACCCAAAGUUAUGAAGGAAGUUGCAUUGUUUGCUGGAAAGGACAUGAGAAAAUAUUUUGAAGAUAGUGACAACAAUAACAAGAAUAUAUCUAACAGAAAGAUGACAGAACUCCAUACUUCUAAUGUCCAAAAUAAGAAGCAUGUUUAUUCAGACUCGUCAUAUGACCAAGCCUGUAUUCAGAAAAAAUCAAGAUUAUACGAAGACACUUCACAAGAAACAUUUGACCCUCAUUAUAAUAAUAUGGAAGAUAAUGCAACAAAAACGAGUACAAAUUUAAUAGAUGAAUUUGCUGGAGAGUGGGAUGAUCUAGAUUUUAUGCAAGAACUUGAUGAAAAUGGUGACUUAAAUAUUCCAAAGAAAUCAAAUGGAAAACCAGUUUCACAGCCAAGUGAAAUUUCCCAUUUUGAGGGAAAUUGGGAUGAAGAUGAAAUGGAAGUUGCUAUGUUAAAUGACAUUGAAUUUGAAAAUGAAAUGAAACCACAAAUUUCUGACAUUCCCUCUUGUAGUGCUGUUCCGUCUUCUACAUCCAUGGCUCCAUCAGUAAUGCAGAAUGAAAUAAGUACUUCUAGGUUAAAAGCACAUCAAAAACCCCCUUCUUCAGUAACAUCUAACUAUAACAAGCAGUUAUCUACUCUUAAUAUAAACUCUAACAAAGAGAAGUCUGAUGCUAGUCAAUUUGAAUCCUACAAUAAUUCUUCAACAUCCACUUCUAAUAGCAUAGAGCAUUUAAUGAACAAAUGGACAAAACUGAGCACUCAAAGUCAUAUUCAGUCAAACAUAUUUCCUUGUCUUUCAAAAGUUGAUGUCCAUAAAAUUCCAUUCACGUACCUAUUUCUAUUGAAAGCUUACAACUUACAAGCAGAAUCAAUUAAAUUUUACAUUAAGGGCUAUAUAUCAACAUUAUUAAGCAGGAUGACUCGAGCAAAUGGCAAAUGGCAGUUAAAAUGUAUGUUAAAUGAUGGAACUGGAACUCUACCUGUGGAGCUGUCUGAUGAACUACUUACUGAAUUCAUUGGGUUUACAGUUGAAGAAUCAGUUAAAAUGAAUGCUGCUUCAGCUUCCAAUUCAAGCCUUAAACUGAAACUUCACCAGGGCCUUCAGCAGUGUCAAGUGAAGAUUGUAAAUUUGUACAACAUAUUUGAGAUUGAAAUGAACCAGAAUUAUUCUCAUCCAAUUGUAACUAAAAUUCAUCCAAUCACUACAGAAAUUCUCAACCAGUUGCAGACACAUCUUGCUACUGUGUUAGAGGGAAUAUAGAUAUUUACGUCUGCACAUGUUUUUAUGCUUCAUUAUCAUAUCAACUCUUUCAGGUUGCUAAAAUAAAGCACCAGCCAAUACUGGGGAUGAACUGGCUUUGUGCCUAAGUCAGAAACAAUUAUUAAAACUA